AUGAUUAGCAGCAUUACCGAAUUUUUGGAGGAGGUGAAGGACGCGUUUGUGCCUACGGUCGCCAAGGCCGAGGAGCAGGCAGAGGAGUCCACGGACGACGACAAAUCCGAGAACGAUGACAAGCCAGAGGACGACGGCGAGGCCGCCGAGGGCGAGGCCGCCGAUGCUGAGAGCGCUGACGCCGAUGCUGAGGCUGAAGGCGAGAGCGACGGCGACGAGGGUGAGGACGAGGACGAGGACGAGGACGAAGACGAGGACGAAGAUGAGGACGAGGACGAGGAGGAGCAGGUCGACCAGAUGGAUGCGCUGAGAGAGGAGUGCAAAAACAAAGAGGAGGCCAAGCCCCUCGUCCACCACUACAUGGAAUGUGUGGAGAGAGUGCACAAGGCGCAGGAGGACCCAGGCUACGCGGACUCCGAGCACAAGGAGGACUGUGUGGAGGAGUUCUUCCACUUGCAGCACUACAUCGAUGGCUGUGUCUCGCCUACGCUUUUCGACCGCUUGAAGUAA